UGCUUGUCAGCAAACCCCACUUGAAUUUGGAAUUCACUGAACCCAACCAUUUCUCUCUUUCUCUCUCUACAAAAUAAUAAUAAUAAUAAUGAGUAAUAUUUAUUAUGAAAAGAAAAAAAAAUAGUAAUAAUAAUGCAAAUACAGCGCAACAACCCAAAACCCAUCAAAAUUCAUCCCGUUCCAAAAACAGAAACAGAUACAAUUCCCUUUCCACCUUCCUUCAUACCUCCCCCUUUCCAUUAUUUUUUAUUUAUUUUUUCUCAUUGAUCGCUUCGGUGCGGUGCCUUAAAAAGUUAAAACCCAUUUUUCCUCCUCCUUUUGUUAUUGUGAAGUAAAAUAGUGAAGAUGGAAUUUUGGUUUUGAUCAGUGGAGAGAGGCAGAGAGGAUCGAUUUGAUUUUGACCACAACAGAGCCGAAAGUGCUGCACAAGGGGAAGGGAACGUUUCUUUCUUGCUUAAUUUUCCAGUAUCAAACUUUCAUCUCCCAGUCACCACCACCACCACCACCACCGCCAUCUCUAUCAGCAUCACAGUUGGAUUACUGGGGACGACGUUUCCUGGUUUGUGCAUCGAAGGGAACCGAUUUGGUUGGGAAGGGGCAAAUUCUUUUUACCCAGUAUUGAACAUGGAUCUAAUUUUGAGCGAUGCUUUCGAAUAUGUUGAUGCCCCCAGAAGAGAUGGUUGUAAUACAGGCUGAGAAUACUUGGGGAGGGGAAGAUUUUUAGUCUGAUAUCAGAUAGGAGUGUUCUUUCUGUAGAUUUUAAGGAUUUUGGCUGUGAUCUGAUUUGUAAGGAAGGGUUGAAAAAUAAAUGAAAGUUGAACUAGCUGAAGCACAAGUAAGAGUUUCCAACGGUUUAAUUGAAUUGCAAUUGCAUGAUCAAAGCUACUGCGUUAUGGAUGGAAUCAGGAGAAAAAGAAAGAUGGAUGAUCAGCAUCAGCAGCAGCAGCAUCAGAGAAAGGUUGACUACCAUAGAACUUUAUCACAAGGGAAAGGUAGCAGCAGAAGAUUGUUGGCAAUGCCAGCAAGCUAUUUCAGCUUGGAAUCGUUGCUUUUGCUUUUAUGUCUCACAGCGUCUUUGCUUAUCCUUCCUUUGAUACUUCCACCAUUGCCUCCUCCACCAUUCAUGUUGCUGCUGGUUCCCAUUGGCAUUCUGGGUGUGCUCAUGAUUUUGGCCUUCAUGCCUUCUCAUGCCAGGGAUGUGACUUAUACAUACGUGUAACUACUACACCACUUCAUCAUUUUUGUAACUCCCUCACUAAAUGUAAUGUUGAAUGAAUACAAGAAACAGCAAUGUUCUUUUAUUUCUUUA